AUGGAUUUAUCGUCCAUCAUUGCAGAAGUACAGGAGAGGCGAGCAGCAUCGAUUCCGUACGAGUGGAAGAUUGCUGAAGGCAAAGUUGACCCCGAGGCCAAGCCUAUUGACUCAAUCAAGCGGGUGGGGAUUCUGAACAACAAAGAAGCCGAAUUGACCGAGAAAAAAGCCACAGAAAUCUUGAAGGAGAUACACUCAGGCGAAUUGACCUCACAAGAAGUGUUAGAAGCCUUCCUAAAGCGAGCAGCAGUUGCACACCAGAUCACGAAUUGUUUGACAGAGUUCUUUCCUGAGGAAGCACGUUUAGUAGCGAAGAGCCUAGAUGAGGAGUUUCAGAAGACUGGAAAGCUCGUUGGGCCGUUGCAUGGUCUACCCAUAGCGAUCAAGGACAUGUACACGGAUGCGUCGCUAGUGAAAGUCAUGAAAGAUGCUGGAGCUAUCAUUUUUGCAAAGACGGCAAUGCCUCAAACUGGCAUGGCAUUGGAGACCAACAGCAACCUCUGGGGUAGAAAUCUGAAUACCCAUAGCACUAAUUUUGGCUCGGGUGGCUCAUCAGGAGGAGACGGGGUGCUUGUUGGUCUAAGAGGAGCACCAGCAGCACCUCUUGCAUCUGACAUAGGCGGGAGCAUUCGAGCGCCAGCAGCAUUCAAUGGGCUCUAUGCGCUUCGUCCAACGUCCGAACGGAUUCCAAGAAAGGGUCUUCGUUCCACAGUUCCGGGACAGAUAUCGAUCAAAACCUCGUGCGGACCGAUAGCACACUCAAUGCAGGAUCUAAAAUUGUUUGCUAAUCUGAUACUGACCCAUCCCACUCUUCCGUUUGAGGGUAGUUGCCCACCUGGCUCAUGGAGAGAAGUCGACACGCCAAGCAGGAAGCUUAAAUUUGGACUUCUCCUGACCGACGGGGUGGUUCAGCCACAUCCGCCCAUUAUUCGAGGUUUGAAAGAGACUGCUGAGAAAUUAACGGCUGCUGGUCAUGAUGUUGUCGAAUUCAAACUUCCGUUUGACGCUUGGGAGGCAUCUUUACUGACGUUCGCGUUGUACUGGCAGACUGGCGCGGCUGAAGCCAAAGCGAAUAUUGCGGAAUCAGGGGAAUCGCCAAUACUCCCCUAUGCAAAAAAUCUGGAGAUAUAUGACACUAAAGCCUUGUCAACGCAGGAGUUAUAUGCACUCAACACCAAGCAAAUGAAUCAUAAGUGGGCAUUUGCCGAAGCCUGGCAAGACGCAAACUCUGAGAACGGGUCUGGACGUCCCUUUGAUGCUAUUUUGUGCCCUGUAUCACCCAUGGCCGCGGUACCUCACGAUUUUCCAGUGUACUGGGGUUACACAUCCCUUUGGAAUCUACUUGAUUACCCCUCAGUGGUUAUGCCGGUUGCAGAUCUUGUCAUCGACCCGUUAAAGGAUGGGAAACCCCGUGACUAUGUGCCGAAGGACAAUCCAUUCGACAAAGAUAACUGGGAAAUUUAUGAAUCCGAAAGGUGGCAAGGCCAGCCGGUGACGUUGCAGGUAGUUGGUCGACCAUAUAUGGAUGAGGAGCUGAUUGCUGUGUGCGAAGCAAUCGACAACGUUAUCCAUAGAAAUGUGAUCAAAGAAGAAUGA